UUUUGUUUUGUUUAUAACGUGAGUUCGUCGUGAAUUAACUAAGUUUCUUUUUUUUCAACACAUGUUAUAGAAAUGCAUUCAGUUUGUAAUGUCUCCACAAGAAUUCGAACACUUAAUCAAAUUCAACGAGUAAAAUGGAUGCAAGGAAAUCAUGCAAGUUUUCUUCCAAAAGAAAUAUCAAGAUCAACUGGCUUCUCUUCAUUCAGAAUUCUCUGCUCAGAUGCCAGAUUACAAGCAGCUGUGAGUCACACAUUGCAUCCUGAACUUAGUAAAGAAUCUGAUCAUGAAUCAUUUUAUCUUCCUAUUUCAUGUAUGAAACCUCUUGAUCAUUAUUAUUUAAAACAAGAAUCCCUUCCCCUUGAUAUUCACAGUAUUGAAGAACUGAUACGAACUAAAGAAUUUAAAAAUUUGUUAGCUCGUUCAUCCUUUGAUUAUAAUGUGAAUUUAGCAGAACAUUCUCAGAAUUAUUUAUUAUCAUCUGGUAUUUAUUUUUAUUCUAUUGAAAAUAUUUAUGGUAAUUCUUCUAAUUGUCUCAAAAGUAAAGACUCUGUUAAAAAAGUUGAUGAAGUUUUCUCUGGAACUAGUUCUGAUGUUCAGAAGAAUGAUACUGGUAAGCCAACUGAGGAACAACUUCUGGUGAUAAUAGAUAAAUUAACAUAUUGUCUAGUCAAUUUCUUUAAAGAGCCUCAGGAUUACAGUAUCUAUCACAAGAAUAUUGUAUUUCAGAAUAAUAUCAGAGGUGUUAUAAUAAAAGGAUUGCCUGCUUAUAUACAAACUAUGUACAUAUUAAAGAUCUAUGGUUACCUCCAAUAUGCCAAAGUUAAAGUAGAAAUUUUGAAAAUAACUCAUCAUAUUGAAGACGGAACGGUGAGAGUUCGUUGGCGUGUGAAAGGUGUUUCUCGACAUAGAUUAAUACUAAACUUAUGGAAAUUGCAAACUACGUCUUGGCAAGAAUUUCUCAAUGAUGAAGCUGACUGGUUAGAUGGGUUUUCCGUCUUUAAUGUUGGACCCGAUGGUUUAAUUUAUAAGCAUAUGUGUGAUAAGAUGACUCCAGAUGAUGAUACAGUGAAAGUAAAAAAAGUCGAUCUAAAAUCCAAGUUAUUAGGAUUAUUAGAGUUAACUCCAAGACCUCCAGCUGCUGGAAGUUUACAUACUCUAAUCCCUUGUUACAGGCACCAGGAAUUCAACAGUUGCAAAAAGUUAACAUGACAAUCCAAAAAAUUAGCUCCAUAUUAAAAUAAUAUUAUCUCAGACUUUCCUUUUCUGUUAUAUAGAAAGUGUGUAUAUAUUAGCUUGUAAAUUAUUUAACUAAAUAUGCCUGCAUUGUUAUGUUGUGUAUAGCAAUAAAUAAAAAUUUUAGCAUAUUUUAUUUAUUUCUUGUAA